AGGCGCAGGGUGCGGGGCAGGGCCGGGGCCGCGCACACCGCCGCGCUCACCGCCGCCAGCCCGGGGCCGGCGCCCCGCUCCGCCGCAGCCGGCGGGGACACCGUGAGCGGGGCGCGGGGACGGGGCAGCCCCCAUGGCCAAGCAGCCCCCCGAGGUGAAGGCGCAACGCGACGGCGACGGCGGGGAGGGCCCGGGCCCGGCCGCGCAACUGCGCCCCGGCGCUCCCGCAGCCCUGCCCGGCUCCGCCGCCACCGCCACGGCGGGGCCUCCGCCGCGGGGCCCCCCCGCCAGCCCCGGGCCCUUCGCCACACGGUCGCCGCUGUUCAUCUUCGUGCGGAGGUCGCCGCUGCUGUCGCGCUCCUCCAGCGGGUACUUCUCGUUCGACGCCGAGCGCAGCCCCGCGCCCCUCAGCUGCGAUAAGGCCACGCAGACCCCCAGCCCGCCCUGCCAGGCUCUCAGCCACUGCCUCAGCGCCAUGGCUUCCCGGUGGCAGUCUCCCUCGCGAGCAGAAGACCUCCAGCCUGAAAUCUGGAUUGCCCAGGAGCUGCGGCGCAUUGGAGACGAGUUCAAUGCCUCCUAUUGUCCCAGACGGGGUUUCUUGGAUAACCAGGCAGGAAACCCCCAGGUUGUCAUUUUGCGCCUCCUGCGUUACAUCAUCCGCCUCAUCUGGAGGAUGCAGUGAGCACCGGGCGCAUCCCGAGGACUUGUUUUCCCAUUGGGAAAGCCCAGGGAGGAUGGACAGAUGGAUGGAUGGAUGUGGGGCUCCCUGCAGCACCCAGCUCCCACCCUGCCUCUCCCCAGGACCCACGGUGGGGCUGUCGGAUGCGGGUGGACAUCCACACUGAGCUGGGGCUCUCCAGAGCAGGAUUGUGUCCGGGAGUGAUGUUUACUGCUUCCUCUCUACUCUGUUUUAUUACCUUUUUAUUCUCCCAAAGGAGUCUCAGAGAAAACCCUCCACAGCAGUGGAAUAAUGUCAUUUCCUUGUCAUCAUUCCUGGAAACCUGUUGGCUCAUCCAGGAUGAACCCUGCAGUGGGGAAAAGGAAAACCUGAGCCAGCUGAUGGGCAGAGCUGCCUUAGUUUGCCUUGCAGAGACUCACGGAGCCUUCCCCUCUCCCUUUGCCUCCUGGGCAUCCGCCUGCGGAAGAAGGAUGGCGAUGAUGGAAGAAGGGCAAAGGGCUUUAAAUCAGCACUUCUUUUCCCUGUAAAUACCUAAUGCUACCCCAAAUCCACCUUCAUUUGCAUCAUGCAAAUAGCCUAUUUCCUGCUGACUGAUCUUUGUUUUAUAUCUAUGUUUUAUUUUUCACUCUGAUUUCAAGACUCAGCUGUCAGACUCCCAGGGUCCAAAAUCCCACAAGCACCCACCCAACCAAAACCCCAAUCCACCAGGUUGCCUUUUUGAGAAGUUCUUUCUAUCAAAUGUGUGCAAAUGCUCAUGUAUUGUAUGAUAUAAUGUAUAACGUUGGUGACUCAUUCAGCAAUAAGACGUAGCGGAGGCAGGUAGAAACAGUUCCCAGCACACCGCAGCUUUGCUCCCGGAGACAACGGCUCCUGCUUUGUCACUUCAUUUUAAGUCAUGGCUUGUCCCUUGCUGAUGAACCCAGGAGGGGUUUUAAGGAGCUGGAUAUCAUUAUUUUUCCUGGGAUCUUCUCUGUGUUUCGGACAGGACAGCCUGGAGCAGCGGGAUGAGCAGGAUAGGACCAGCAGCAAGAGCGUGGGUGCUGGUGCACAGGGAUGCAGCUGGAAGAGGCGCCGAAGGAUGCUGACCUGGUGUAGAUCCACUAACUGCUCCCAAACCGCCCUCCUACCCCUGGGAAGACCCAACCAGGUGCUCAGUGCUGUCCCAGGGCAUCUCCUCUUCCACCUGGAGACCCCACAGCCUUGCUGGAGUGCUGUCGGAAGCAGCAGGUCUGUCUUCUCGGUCCCCCCGUUGCCUCCGGUUCACCUCGCAAGCGGGUGGCUGCUGCACAGUGGGUGCUUUUUGGGGGGUGGCUGCUCCAGCCACCCCCAUAUCUAUGCACAAACAUACCCCUCUCUGCCUCUGGAGCUGCCCUUUCCCUCUGGCUGGUGCAGGUGGUCCCCAAACCCACCCAGACGCUGCGGUUUUAUCUCUGGUUUCACCAGCACCAUAGGAAAAAAGGAAAAAGAAGAAAGAAAAGCCCAAGCCCCCAGUAGCUGUUUUUCCUGCUGUACACAUGCAGGGAGGAGCUGUGGAGUGCCAUGUAGUGAUUAUUAGUGGUUUUUAAUGAUGGACAAAGUGUACAAUGUGACCUCUGUGGCUGUGCCUGCCGGGUAGGCGAAGAGCCGUGGUGUCGGUGUGGGGCUGCGUGCCUCCGAUUGCACUCCAGUGCAGGAUUACAGAGCAAUGCUCAACUUUUACUUCACAUUCAUUACCUGUUUCUCUGGGUUUUUUUUGGACCUGCAGGAUGAGCAUCGGUUGCAGGAGCAGGGGAUGCUUUGGGAAGGGUAUUUUGGAGAGGGUGCAGGGGGAUCUUUGCACUGGUGGAGAGUGAGCGGUUGAAGUGGUGAGCUUGCCAGGGCAGGUUCCUGCUCCUCGAACCCUUAGUUUUGGCUCUGGUUUUGGCUCACUGUAGCAGUGCUGCUCCAGCCGUGCUCGAGCCAUCACUUCUUCUCUAGGGUUUAUAUAGGAAACCCCAGCAGGGAGGCUGCUGCUAUGGGUUUCCCACGGGAGCUUACGUGGAAUUGCAUGGCUGUUGAUAACAUUGAAAGGCAAAAAACCAUAAACUUUGGCAGCAGAGGGGGGAAACCAAAUGAGCUUUUUCUUCCCAGUGGUUUCAUCCACUGUUGGUGGAUGAAAUGGUGCUUUCAGGUCUCGCAGCCUUACAGCAUCCCCAGAAUGUGUCCCUUGGAGUACACCAAAGAAAUGCUGAGCACUUUAUCCCGUCCUCCCCACCGGCCACCCCAGCCAAGGAUGGAGACAGAGAAAUAAUAAGCAAGGUAUUGGCACUGUCUGCCUGGGACCUGUCCCCAGGAGGUGUUCCCAGCCAAAAGGCAGGCAAAGGAAGAUUAGCUCCCAAAACCCAGGUUUCACCCCCACAGAGUUGUAAGGUUUAGGGGAAAAAACAAUAAAAUCCUCUAAAGAGAAGAAUGAUGUUUUUAAAUAGGGAUUUGGCUCAUUUUAGCCCUGGUGGGUGACUGCUCUGGGUCGUUUUAAGGGUAACCUGUGGUCUCUGUUCUACCAAAAGGAUGUGCUGAAGAGUUUUCCUUGGUCACAGGGAAACCAGAUUUAUUCCCGGUGCUGCGUUAACGCUUCUCCUCUUCCCCAGGACUGUAAAUACCCGAGUAUUUAUUAGAGUAGGGCAGCGUAUUCCUUUCAUCAUCUGAGCCAAAUAUCUGUGUGCAAUGUAUUUCCUUUCCUCUCUCUCAUGUAAGUUUUGUACAGCUUAUAAAAGAAGUAAAAAAAGCUUAAAAAAAAUCACCUUUUCUAAACCUUUUUAGAGUUGACCUUGGUAAAUACUGUAGAUUCUCUUCCUCCCUGUGUAAUUAAUGCACUCUACUGUUCCAUAAUGCUGUAACUUGUAGAAAUGGUGUAUAUUUAUUUUCUGCUUAUUUAAGUUCCUGUAAAGAUGGUUCCCCCCCUUUUCUCUCCUCCCUGCCCUUGCAAUAAAUGAUGGAUCACCUCCCAAAGCGCUGCCUCCUCUUGGCAGUGCAGCCAGCAUGGGUUGGAGAAUGAGAUUUACUCUGAUUCUUCCCCUCCAAGUGCCUAAAUCCCACUUCCCAGGAGUGAUUUAGGCCCAUCAGACUCCAGCAUUAGUGGAAUUAGUGGGAGUUUGGCUUCGGCAUCCCUGUGAUUUUGGCCCCCUUCUUCCCAAAGCCACGUUUUCCUCCAUCUCAGCCACUUCUCCCUGGCCCAGCGUUAACAUCAGGUACCCCCCAGCACCCGAUGUGCUGAUGAAUCACUAACUCCUGUCACAGGACCCAGCGUAUGUAGCAUUUUUACUGCAAUUUCCCUGGCUUCCUUGUGGUUUGCACUGAUGAAUUUUGGACAGGGUAAUUGCCACUUUACUUGUGCAAUACUGCUGUAAAUAAUUGCAGAUCUGUUUUGUUUUUUUUUUUUUUUAAGAUGCAAUCUUUUAUGUUCUUAAUAUGAGUUUUAUAUGAAUAAAAACUUUCAACUAUU